AUGGCGCGCGCGACGACGCUGGCGCGCGCGCUCGAGGGGGCGGCGCUGACGCGGGAGGAGUGGCGAUGGAUGCUCGUCGUCGCGGCGGCGCUGUACGCGGCGAACGCGCUCGCGCACGGGGUGUUUCACGCGAAGCGAAACCCGAUGUACCUGGAGACGGGGAAGGGACGGUUGGUGGUGGCGAUGCGCGUGGCGUACGGCGCGCCGGCGGCGCUGGCGCAGGCGGCGUGGAUCGCGGCGUGGAUCGCGUUUUGGGAGGCGGCGCGGAAGCCGAUGUGGAAGCCGAGGCGGAGGCACCACGGCGACGCGGGCGCGCGACGAGGACGGCGGCGAACGCCGGUCGUGCACGACGGACACGCGAGCGUGGCGAUGUGCGGGGGGGGAUUUCGAACGUGGUAUCACUUGGGGGUGUACCACGGAUUGUACGAGAGGUUCGGGGCGAAGGCGCUGGAGAAGGCGCGGUGGUCGGGAUCGAGCGUGGGGUCGAUCAUGGCGGCGAUCGCGGCGUGCGGGGUCGAUCCCGACGUGGUGUGGGCGCACAUACCGGAAAUAGCCGCGCUGCACCGAGAUUCGUGGAUGGAGAAUUUGACCACGGUGGGGAGUAAGUGCCGAUUUUUGCUCGACGACGUCUUGCCGGCGGACGCGCACGAACGAUGCACGGGGAGGUGUUUCAUCUCGGUCACGUCGUUGUUACCGCUGCCGCACAACGUGAUUCUCACCGAGUACGACACGCGAGACGAUUUGAUCGACGCCGUGAUCGCGUCGACGUACAUACCGACGUGGACGUUUCCGGGCGUGUGCUUGCACAAGGGCAUGGUUUGCGUCGACGGCGGCGUGUGCAAUAAUCUCGCGUCGCUGAGCCCGGCGACGUUGCGCGUUGGAUUAGAUCCCGAGGAUAAGACCGAUUGGGACGCUACGAUCAUUCCGAGCGAGCCCAAGCCGAGGUACGCGACGUUCAUCCCCUUGGACGACGCCGAAUUGUGGGACAUGUACGAGUGCGGAAAGCGAGACAUCGCGUCUUGGCUGCGAUCGGACGAAGGCAGGAAGUUCGCCGCCAAGCUCGCGACCGAUGAUUAG